AUGAAGUUCAGCACUGCUUUCAUCGUCGCCCUUCUCGGCGUCGGUGGGCCGGCAGCUGCUGGACCCAGCAGACGUCGGCAAGCUGACCCCGUUCUCUCCCUCUCUGCCACCCGGACAGGGGUGAUUUCAACGUUGACCCCCUCGCCCACGUCAACAGUGACUGCCACCAGCACGACCACAGCCGGCAAUGGGAUCCAGACCCCGUCGCCAGUCCAGCCCAGCAUCGUCAGCAACUGCGCGCAGUUCCAUCUCGUCGUUUCGGGAGAUCGGUGCUCGACAAUUUCUGCCAAGUACGGCAUCCCCGUGGACCGGUUUCUGGAAUGGAACCCGGCGGCCUUGAGCAGCUGCAAGGGCCUCAAGACGAAUGCGUAUGCUUGCGUCUCCGUCAUCGGCUGGUCGCCCUCGCCGACGAACCCGAACAACGGCAUCCAGACGCCUCUACCGGCCCAGCCAGAUGUCGUCAGCAACUGCAACCAGUUCCACCUCGUCGUGUCUGGCGACAGGUGCUCGACGAUUUCUGCCAAGUUCGGCAUCCCGGUCGAUGCGUUCCUCAAGUGGAACCCCGGUGCCUUGAGCAGCUGCAAGGGCCUCAAGACGAACGCGUACGCCUGCGUCUCGACCAUUGGGUAUCUGCCGUCGGCGGCCAACCCCGGCACCAACUUCCAGACGCCCGCCCCGACCCAGCCGGAUCUCGUCAGCAACUGCAACAACUUUCACCUCGUCGUCGCCGGCGAGCGGUGCUCGACCAUCGCGGCCAAGUACAGCAUUCCCGUGGCCAAGUUUCUCCAGUGGAACCCGAAGGCCGGCAGCAACUGCGCGGGCCUCCGGCGAAACGCCUACGCCUGCGUGUCGACGUGGGGCCACACGCCGACCCAACCCGACAACGGCAUCGCCACGCCGUCGCCGGCACAGCCCAAGAUGGCCGACAACUGCGACGCGUUCGUCAUGAUCGAGCCCUUUGACGUGUGCGGCGACGUCGCCCAGAGCGCCGGCAUCAGCCUCGCCGACUUUAUCAGCUGGAACCCAAGCGUCGGCGCCGGCUGCAACUUUCUCAAGCCCAACGCUUACGCGUGCGUGUCCGUCAUCGGGCACACGCCGACGACGCCGGGCAACGGCAUCACGACGCCGCAGCCGACGCAGCCGGCGCUCGUGUCGCAUUGCAACAAGUUCCACCUCGUCGUCUCGGGCGACCGCUGCUCGACCGUGGCGGCGCGGUACGGCGUGCCCGUGGCCGAAUUCCUCGCGUGGAACCCGCAGGCCGGCAGCAACUGCGCCGGGCUGCGGCGCGACGCCUACGCCUGCGUCGGUAUCGUCGGGUUCACGCCGACGCCGACGAACCCGGGCGAGGGUGUCGUGACGCCGGCGCCGAUUCAGCCGGGCAUGGUGGCGACGUGCAGGACGUUUCAUUUCGUUGAGAAGGGGCAGAUUUGCGCGACGAUUCAAAAUCGGUACAAGGUGUCGUUGGCGGACCUCGUCAAGUGGAACCCGGGGAUCGGGGCCGAUUGCACGUUGAUGUGGGCGGACAGCUACCUUUGCGUUGGUGUUUUGUGA